GAGUAAAGAUCUUCCAAGCACUGCGCUCUCUUAAAAUAACACAAAUAAAAUCAUCUUUCAAAAAUCUCCCCUUCCCAAACCCUCUCACUUAUUCCCCCCGCUCUCUCUCUCCCCUCCAUUUCCCACAAAACAAACGCCCUGCAAAUGUUUGAUCCUGGAGAAAACCCUGAACGCAAUCUCUAACCGUCUUACCCUCAAACAACAACCUUCUCAAACCCUAAUUUUCACAUCACGCCCAAAUUCCACAGCAAUCAUGCCGUUAUUUCUCUCCGACGACGAAUUCGAGCGCAUCAAAAUCUCCGGCGACGCUUCUGCGGUGGUGGAGAAGGCAGAUUCCUACAUUCGAGACCUUUUCUCCAAUCUCGAAACCGUUAAAGCUGAAGCUGAUGCCGCCGCCAUUACUGCCGAGCAAACUUGCUCUCUUCUCGAACAUAAGUACCUUUCUCUCUCCUCUGAGUUCGCCGCCCUUGAGUCUCGUUGCACUCAGCUUGAUUCUAAUCUUCAGCAACGAGUUUCGGAACUUGCGCAAGUUCAGUCUGAUAAACACCAGCUUCAUCUCAAAUUCAUUGAAAAAGAUGGGGAGAUUGAAAGACUGUCAAUGGAAGUGAAGGAGCUGAAAAAUUCCAAAAGGCAAGUGGUGGAGUUGGUAGGGUUGAAGGAUGCUGAGAUCAGUGAGAAGAAUGCUACAAUCAAGAGCUACAUUGACAAGAUCACCGGAUCGGCAGAUCGUGUUGCUCAGAGGGAAGCUAGGCUGAGUGAGCUUGAGGCAGAGUUGGUGCGAUGUAGGGCUAAUUCUGACAAACUGUUGCAGGAGAAAGAGCUUAUUCAGAAGCAUAACAUUUGGCUCAAUGAUGAAUUAACCGCGAAAGUUGAAAGUCUGCUGCAGCAGCGUGGGAGAAGUGCAGAAAUGGAGGCUGAAUUUUCGAUGAAAUUGGCUGAUAUGGAGAAGCAGUACAACGAAUGUUCUACUUCCUUGAGUAGGCACAAGGAAAGGGUGAGAGAGCUAGAAUCGAAGUUGGAAUCUUUGCAUCGGGAGUUAUGUUCAGCCAGAGAUGACGCUUCUGCUUCUGAACAACGAUAUUCAGCAGAAGUCUCAACAGUUUCUAGACUUGCUGAUCUGUACAAGGAGAGUUCUGAGGAGUGGUCCAAAAAGGCCGGGGAUUUGGAGGGCGUGAUCAAGGCUUUAGAAACUCAUUUAAGUCAAGUGGAAAGUGAUUACAAAGACAAGCUUGAGAAGGAAAAUGUUGCUAGGAAGGAGGCAGAAAAGGUGUCUGCAGAGUUGAAGGAGAAACUUGAAAAAUGUGAGGCUGAACUGGAGUCAAGUAGGAGAGCCAAUGAGAUGGAUAUUCUUCCAUUGAGCAGUUUUACCACCGAAUCCUUUAUGUAUAAUGCUAACACAAACGAUAAUGCUGGAGAUAAUCUUGCAAUUGUACCUCAUGUCCCAGCAGGUAUCUCAGGAACAGCACUUGCAGCAUCUCUGCUCCGAGAAGGCUGGAGUUUAGCCAAAAUGUAUGCCAGGUAUCAGGAAGCUGCAGAUGCAUUGCGGCAUGAGCAGCUGGGAAGAAAGCAAACACAAGCAAUUCUGGAGAGAGUUCUUCUUGAAAUAGAGGAAAAGGCUUCUGUUAUCUUGGAUGAACGAGAAGAACAUGAAAGGAUGGCUGAAGCUUAUGCUUUCAUGAAUCAGAAGUUGCAACAAUCUCUCUCUGAGCAAGCUAAUAUAGAGAAACUUAUCCGCGAACUGAAGGCAGACUUGAAGAAGCGUGAACGUGAGAAUAAUUAUGCCCAAAAGGAGAUCAAGGAUCUUCAGACUCAGGUUGCCCUCCUUUUAAAAGAAUGCCGUGAUGUUCAAUUGCGUUGUGGACUUAAAAGCCAUGAUUAUAUGGGGGAAGAUAUUGCUGUACCUUUGUCUGAAAGUGAUGAUGAAUCUGGCACUCAGAAGGUUAUUUCCGAGAACCUGCUCUCUAUCAAGGAUAUAAAAGGAUUGGUUGAGCAAAAUGCUAAGCUUCGCAGUUUAGUACGAAGCUUUUCUGAUGAUAUUGAGAAUAAGGAACAUCAGCUAAAGGAACAAUAUGAGGAGGAGCUCCAGAAGCACAAGGAGGAGGCUGCCUCAAGAGUUUAUGCAGUCCUACAAAGAGCUGAAGAGCAAGGACAAAUGAUUGAGUCAUUGCACUCAUCUGUGGCUAUGUACAGGAGAUUGUACGAGGAGGAACAUAGAAUGCGCUCUUCCCAAUCUCAGUCGACUGAGGCGCUUCCAACAGAUGGUAGGAAAGACUUCAUGCUGCUUCUAGAAGGCUCCCAGGAAGCCACUAAGAAGGUUCAAGAGCAGACCAGCGAACGUGUGAGAUGCCUUGAAGAUGAGUUAGCUAGCCGCAAAGCUGAGAUCAUAUCCUUACGUUCUGAGAGAGAUAAGUUUGCCUUGGAAGCCAAUUUUGCCCAAGAGAAACUUGAGAGGUUUAUGAAAGAAUAUGAUCAUCAAAGGGAGGAAAUGAAUGGAGUCUUAGCACGGAAUAUUGAGUUCUCUCAGCUCAUAGUUGACUACCAGAAGAAGCUGCGGGCAAACGCUGAAUCUGUGAACGCAGCCGAGGAACUCUCACGAAAGUUGAACAUGGAGAGCUCUAUUCUGAAACGUGAAAAGGAUUUGCUUGUGAAUUCUGAGAAAAGAGCUCAUGCUGAAGUUCAAGAUUUGUCUCAGAGGGUGUAUCGGCUCCAAGCUACUUUGGAUACCAUACAAAGCACAGAGCAAGCUCGGGAGGAAACCAGAGCUGAAGAGAGGAAGAAGCAGGAAGAGUACAUAAAGCAGAUUGAAAGAGAAUGGGCUGAGGCCAAGGAGGAGCUUCAGGAAGAAAGGAACAACGUCCGAACUCUUUCACUUGACCGUGAGCACACUAUAAAAGAUGCCAUGAGACAAGUUGAAAAUAUGGGUAAAGAAUUAGCAGCAGCAUUGCAGGCGGUUACAGCUGCUGAGGCCAGGGCUGCUGUGUCUGAGGCAAGAUAUGCUGAUCUUGAAAGGACCAUGAAAUCUCCGGAAGGUAAGGCUGCUGAGCAGGAUGGUGGGGUUAAACCAUCUUCAGCAGGCGACAUUUUAGGGGAUGCAAAGGAAGAGAUCGAACGCUUGAAAGCAGAAGCUCAAGCCAGUAAAGAUCACAUGCUUCAGUAUAAGAGCAUUGCAGAAGUGAAUGAAGCUGCUUUAAAGCAGAUGGAGAGUGCUCAUGACAAUUUUAAGAAUGAAGCCGAACAGAUGAAGAAGACCCUUGAAGCAGAGAUCCAGUCGCUCAGAGACCGGGUUCAUGAACUUGAUAAGGAAUCUAGUUUGAAGAUCGAAGAAGCUGCUUCUGCAGCUGCCCAGAAAGAUGAAGCUCUUGCAUCCGCUUUCACAGAGAUUAACAGGUUGAAGGAAGAAACCUCAAAUAAAAUAUCUCAGCUUGGGGCUUUGGAGGUUCAGGUUACUGUUUUGAAAGAUGAUUUGGAGAGGGAGCACCAACGAGCAGUUGCAUCUCAAGGCAAUUAUGAAAGACAGGUUAUUUUGCAAUCUGAAACUAUCCAGGAGCUUACAAAGACAUCACAAGCUUUGGCUUCACUUCAGGAGGAAGCAUCUGAACUACGAAAAACAGUUGCUGCUUACCAAUCUGAAAAUUGUGAGCUCAAGGCUAAGUGGGAUGUGGAGAAGUUGGAGAUGGAGAAGUCACAGUCUGAAGUUGCGAAGAAGUAUGAUGAAGUUAAUGAACAAAAUAAAAUUCUGCAUUGUCAACUUGAAGCAAUGCACAUGAAAUUGGCUGGAAAAGAUGGUGAUGUAUCUUUUCCAGGUACAAGUGCCGACUCUCAAAGUGAUGCUGGCUUGCAGAGUGUGGUUAGCUAUCUCCGGCGCUCUAAGGAAAUUGCAGAAACUGAGAUCUCAUUGUUGAAACAGGAGAAACUUCGUCUGCAGUCCCAGCUUGAGAGAGCUCUGAAGUCAUCUGAGGAAGCAGAUGCAUCACUUAGUGCAGAGCGUGCAAAUUCAAGAAACAAGAUGUUCACAGACGAUGAGUUUAAGGCCUUGAAACUUCAGGUGAGUGAAAUGAACUUGCUGCGGGAGAGCAAUAUGCAACUUAGAGAGGAGAACAAGUAUAACUUUGAGGAGUGCCAGAAAAUGCGUGAAGUUGUGCAAAAUGCUAAAGUUGAGGCUGAGAAUAUGCAGAACCUUCUUAGAGAGAGAGAGCUUGAAUCUGAAGCCCUCAGGAAAGAGAUUGAACUGCAGAGGAAUGAGAAGGAGUGUUUGGAGAGGAGAGUUUCCGAUUUGGUUGAAAGAUCCAAAAACAUUGAUCUAGAGGACUAUAAUCGGUUAAGAAGUGAGGUGGAGCAGCUACAGGUCAGUCUUAGGGAAAAGAAUGUUGUGAUUGAGGAAAUGAGAAAGCAUGUUUCUCAGAAGGAAGAAGCAGCAGCAAAAUUAGAGCAAGAUCUUUCACGGAGCAAAUUGGAAUUGACUGAAAGGGAAAACCGCCUUUCUCAAGUCGAGGCUAGUUUGAAAUCAGAUACUGAUAGGCAAAAGAAGAUUGUUGCUCCAUUUAAGAGAAAGAUUGAUAUGCUUCUAAGGGAGAAGGAAGCACUUUCCAAAGAGAAAGAAUCAUUGUUGAAAGAGAAAGACUUGCUGCUGAAAGAGAAGGAGUCUCUAAUAAAAGAAAGGGAAUCAUUGGCAAAAGAAAAGGAUUCCCUUACAAAAGAGAAGGAAUUGCUAUUCAAGGAGAAGGAAGAACUUAGUAAAGAGAAGCAAGCUGUCUUCAAACAGUUGGAAGAUCUCCGUCAGGAUAAAAAAUCCACAGGGGAUACCCCUGUUGACCCAGCAAUGAGGGAAAAGGAGAAGGAAAAAGAUGCCAGGAUACAGAUCUUGGAGAAUACUGUGGGAAGACUGAGAGAAGAUAACAAGAAAGAAAAAGAUAAGAGGGUGAACAUUGAGAAAAUCAUUGCUGCAAAAGUUAAGAGUGUUGAUCAGGAAAGAAAGAAGUUUGAAAAUGAACAUGUGAAGCAUAAGGAGGCCUUGAGGAAGAUUUCAGAUGAGCUUGAGAAGCUUAAACAUGCAAAGGACAGCCUUCCGGAGGGUACGUCUGCUGUUCAGCUUCUGUCUGGAGCUACCUUGGAUGAUCUGGCCUCAGCUUAUGUGUUGGCUAUUGAAAAUUUUGAAAGAAAAGCCCAUUCAGUCUUUAAUGAUGUCGGGAGCCAGGCUUCUGUGACGAACGCUUUAGCCACAGAUGCAACUCCAUCUGUGGUUGGUAGCUUGCAGGCAUUGCCAGCUGAAGUUCCUAGUAUGAUAUCCUCCAUGGCUCCUGCAACUGUUCCACCCACAAAAGUCACUGAACAAACGGAGAAGAGAGUUCUUAUGCCUAAAUCAUCUGUUGAAACACGAAAAACGGGGAGAAAGUUGGUUCGACGAAUUUUUAAAUCAGAAGAACCUCAACGUGAUGUUGAAAUGUCAGAGUCAGAUGGCAAGAAUGUAGGGAAGCUUAGCUUGGCUCAGGAAGUGGCAACACAGUCCACUGUCCCUGUGUCCAAUGAACCUCCCAUUCGGAAACGCCCUGCUUCUCCAUCUCCAUCUGAGCUGCAAGAGGAAUCCGUUUUGCCUGGAGAUUCUAAUUCUGAUUUGCCUGAACCUGCUCUUAAAAGGUCCAAAGGCUUAGAUACGGUUCAAGAGGACGUUCAAGCAUCAUUUGCUGCUAUGGAGAAUGUUGAAACUGUUCCAACAGUUGAAGAUUUACUGGAUGCAGCUGCUGACUUGCCUCAAGGUUUGAUUGAGGAAGCUUCUGAUUUUGGAAAGGAUGAUUUUGAAACUUUUCAAGCACUGGGAAAGGAGUCUGGCGAGUCUUAUAACACAGAUGAUGAAAAGCCAGCAGAUAAACAGAGAGAUAGUGACAUGGUUGAUGAAGAAAAUGUUGGGAAGCCAAUUGAUGCCGAUACAACGUUGGAUGAAGUAUCUAAUUUGCAGGCUGAGCAAGAUGCUCAGCAGCAAAUGGCAGAUGAUACUGAAAGAGAAGAAGGGGAAAUGCUCCCAGAAGGUUCAGAUCUUGAUGGUGGAGAUGACACAGCUAUCAUGGAAAGUCAAGAUGCAUCUGAAGUUCAUCUGGAGCAUUCAACUGUGGCUUCAAUUUCAUCACCAGCUCCGAAUGAUGACGAUCCUCUAGCUGCUGUCAAUGUAGAGGUCAAUGAAACAAAUUCUCCUGAAAUUCUAACUACUAAUGAACAGAGUGAAGAAGGGGAACUUGCUGAAGAUGUUGCUGAAGAAUCAGAUAAAUCUACUGAUGGCAAUGAUCAAGUUGUCGGAGAUGCUGAUCACACUAGUGAAGCUACCUCUGGUGUGGCUGAAGGAAAUAUGAUUUCCAUGGAAUCUUCAGUUACCAGAGAAGAUGGUUCCAAUAUGAUGUCUGGUCAGGCAGCAACACAGCCUUCACAUGUCAGAGCAAGCUCAACAACAAUAAAUUUAUUGGAGAGAGCCAAGGAGCGUGCAGCAGCUAGGCUUGGUCGUUCCCCUGCUCCAGCUUCUACUUCCGGUUCUGCUUCUGCUCCUUCUACUGCUGGGAGAAGAGGGCGGGGAGUUGGGCCUACGACACGCAGUCGGGGUGCCCGAGGUACGCGUGGUGGGCGUAGGCAAAUGUCUGGUGAUCAGAGCUAAAGCUAAAGCAGAUUAGUCUACUGUUGGCUGCUUAUGCAAGCUAAAGGAGUUAAUGUUAUGAAAGAGUGCUGGAGAGGGAAAACUGUAAAGACGAAUUUUACAUUCCUGAAAGUAGCAAGCUCUAUUGCCUCUCAGGACCCGUGAUAGGAAGCUGUAGCCUGUACAGGGGUAUUCAACGAAGAUCCAUGCGCGUUUGAACUUGAUUCGUGGAUCUCAUUUUGUGUAGAUGUAGUAAGUAGGUAACGAGGAUCAGCUACAACUUACAGGAACAUCAUGAGCCUUUGUGUCCCAAUUUCUCCCUGAUCCAGCUAUGCUUUAACAAUAUUGUUCACUUUAAGAAUUGCUUUUGAGUGGCGAACCAAGCUUAGCAUAAGUUUUGUUGCAUGAUACUGUUGAGUCUUACGAGAAACUUUGGAGAGGGACAUAAUUUGUGCUAUGUUGAUUAAUUUUAAGGUAAAAGGUUUGGCUAAUCAAAUAGAUUUUGAGGUUAGUAAAUUUCAGUGUAAACAAUGUUGGUUUAUUAUUUAUUACAUGGCUGGUAUACAACUUCAAUCCAAGAUUACUGUUA